AUGCAGGGUUAUUACUCUAUGAUAAAUGAUAGUAGUACUGAGAAUAUUAUUGAAGAUCUAGUUCCGAUGUUUUCAUUUAUGUUCACUAAUCAGGUUAUCCAACUAUCAUUUUUCCUAUACUUUGGAAUAAGGCUAAUUUAAUCACUCAAGUAGUAUUCUCUCGAAACUUAUAAAAAGUCCAAAUGCAAGAUAUUUUACUAUCUUAUGAAUAUAACAUACUAAAGCAAUGACUUUGAAAAGAAUUACCUAGAAUUCAAACUUAAAUCUCUAUUUAACGAUGAUGCUUUAUCUCCUAUUAUUUCAUUUAUCUAUGUGUUCUUUACAGAUUUCCUGCCUAUGAUUACUUUUUAGCUAUCCCUACUGAUGUCCUAUAGGAACAAUUCAAGACAUUUGAAUAAAUAAAAUUUCACCAACAGACCUCAUUUGAGUAUUAGAAGUGAAAACAGGCCUACACAAGAUUUGAAUGCAAGUAUUGUCAAAACAAGGAAAAUCUCUUAUAAAGAUUCUUUUUCACCAAGAAAUUUUUAAGAAAUUAUGUCUCCCACUUCCCAGCCACUUGCUCAAUCGAGUGAAGAUUCUUACCAAAAGAAUUUCCUCAACUAGCAACCUCAAAUCUAAACUUGGAGAAUCAGCUCAUAAAUAUAAAAUAUCAGAGAGAACCAAUCAUUCAGAGAUAAAAUUAGAAGUGUCUUUUCAAGAAAAAGCUAAUCAAAUUCAGUUCUCCUUGAUCCAAGGAUCAACUUCAAUAACAACAACUAAAAUACUAAUGAAAUUGCCAAUCCUUAAGGAAAUAAAGGACAGUAAAUGGAUUUAGCUCAUUAAUCAUACAAAUCUAUCUCGCACCAUUAGCCAGACUUGCAAUAAAACAAGCUAGGGUAGAUUCACUACCUCUCUCAUAAUGAGAGAAUACUUGUAGUCGAUGAUUGCACAAUCAUUAGAUUUUAAUCUGAACAUUAAUUAAUCGAUAAUAGACUAAACCAGAUAAUUUAUAACAGCAAUAUACAUUAAAAUCCUAAGUCUCACGAUUACAUUAUCAAUCAACAGAAAGAUUUAUUUGAAAGAUACCUCUAAUAAAACAAAGUCAAGACUCAUAAUCCAAAUGUGCAUCAUCUGAAUCCUAAUAAUAGUUGUAAUAGCAAUUUAGUUGUUUCACACAAUAGCGGUGGUAGUGGCAACUUUGGUAGUGCCGCGAACGGAAGCAAUGGUAGUGGUGGUUGUAUUUCAAACGAAAAUUAGCAUUUAUCAUUCGGCACAGUAAAUCCUAUUGAGAAAAAUGACAACUCAAUUAAGAAUCAUGAAGUUAUUUAUUUAAACUCUGGCAAUUCCUUUAUGAUAAACGAAGAGGAUGAUGUUGAAUCUAGUUAGGUAACUGACUGA